AUGGCCCGAACCAAACAAACCGCCCGCAAAAGCACACCCGGAUGUGCACCCCACCGGCAACAAAGAACCGUCCACCAAUAUCCAGACCACACAGGCAAAGUCUACACCGUUGUGGAUGGCCCCGUUACCGGAUGCACUAGCACCACGCCCGCCAUCCGCAAACUCAGCAUCCAUUUGUACUCCCUCUCACCGUUAUCUCCUAGCCCCGAGACCGUGGGCCGAGAUCUCCUCUCCAGUGAUGGUAUUCAAGGCUGGGGUAAUGCCCGGAACCACUGGCCGAGGGUGGAUGUUUAUCCGCCGAUGGGGAGUAUUGAGGCGUGUAUUGAGCAUCAUCGGCGGGAGAAGGUGUUUCGGGCGGAGAGGAAGAGAGAGAUGGUGAGGGAGGUGGCGGAUUCUGCUGCUAAAGCGUUUGCGAAGGAUUGUGGGGAUGAUGAGGUUAGAGAUGAGGAAGAGGCGGUGCAGGAAGCGAUCGCCAUGUUGCGAGGCAAGGAGCCAUUGCCUCAUAUUGUUCCGACGUGGUGCUGUGCGGUGCGGUUCUGGGGACCGUAUGAUUACCGGACACGAUAUCGGAGUUUUAUUCUGGUGGUACCGGAGGGAUGUUCGACUUGGGAGGACAUCAAGAAGAUGGGCUUGUGGGUGGUAAACUUCGAUUUGGACUGGGGGCCGACGAUGGACACGGAGAUGGAGGACUGGGAGCCAGAGUGGGAUGAGGGGGCGUUGAUUGUUGAGAAGACGGGGUGGGUGUGGGUUGAAAAGAGGCCGGCUUUCAAGACGAGUUUAUAUCAUGUGUGGUCCGAUUUGACUUCUUCGUUGUGGGAUUGUACGUAUCGCAUUCGGGUUUGCGAUCGCUGUGAGGAUCAGGUGCCGCAUGAGGAUUGUGAGGGGGAAAUGGAUGAGCAUUAUUUUGAUGAGGACGGCCAAUGUGUCGCCUGUCGACGUGCCACGGAGUAUCGACGGCGUAGUAAGCGGAUUGCUAAGCGGAAGGUGGAUAGUAUGACCAAGUAGAUCCUAUAUGUAAAUUCCUGGUAAUAAUCUAGAUCAUUAUUAUAGACAAAUAUAUUUCUCUAGCUGGAAGUGCGCAUCACUGUGAAGACGCCCUUCCCGUGAGCCACGAACC